AUGAUGGUGAAGGCUGCUAUGAUGGCGUUGAUCUCGCCAGGAGCGACGGGAACAGACGAAAGAAGCGGCGGCAGAUGCAGCGGCAGCGGCAGCGGGUUCGGGAACCCACCUCCGGAAAAAAACGGACGGGGUGAAAUGAGAAGGCCUCCCGGGCUAGUGGCGCCAGGGGAACGAUUGACAAACAACCAUCCUUGUGGGCUGGUUGUGCCACGAGGGGGCGACGGCGGUGGCGAUUGCAGGGAAAGCGGGUGCCGAGGGCCGUUGAUGAGCCCGCUCCGUGAAGCGGUGGCCAUGUCGUUCGGCGGCAGGCGGGUGAAGAUGAUGGUCUUCACGCACCCCCCGUCGACGAGGCCCGAGGACGUUGGCCACGGCGGCCGCACGGAUUGGGGUUGCCCUCCGGAAUUGCAGCAGCGGCAGACCAACCUGCCUCAGACCGGCACUAAGAGCACGGAGGCGGCAAGGGAAGCGGCAGCAAGAGAAGGGUGUGACCGGGCCGUGUGUUGCCUGGCGGUGGCGGCGGGAGCGGCGGGCGGCGGCGGCCAUGGCGGCAGCGGUUGCGGCGGUGGUGCCGUCUGUGCAGGCGGAGGUUUCAGCGACAACGGCGGCACCGGCGGCGGCAACGCAGGCCACGGCAACCGGAAGCCACCGACGAUUCCGCUUCUUCGGCAGGAAGAGGCGAUGCACAUGCAACACGUACCGGCACGCGCUGACAGACUGCUCUCCUUGCCGAGGGCCACAGCAGCAGCAGCAGCAGCAGCAGCAGCAGCAGCAGCAGCAACGGUGGCAGCACGGGGCGACACCGGUGUGGACUGCGCCCCCCCCCUGCAGGCCGGCGAGCAGAGCGCGACUGCGAUUCGGCGAAAGGUGGAGACGCCGCAGCUAAGGAAGCUGAGAGAGGAGAAGUUUCUGUGUGUGUUCAUGCGCUACAGGUUGAUCAUUUCAGCUGAGAAUCUUCGCGGCUUGGACCGUGUGAUUCUGGCGAGCGAGGCGAGACGAGCGGUCGUCAACGCAGAGGUGAAGGCCGCCACCGAGGCCUUCCGGCGGGACAUUGCCGAGGCUAACCGAUUCAGGUUAGAAGCAGAGGCGUGCAAGGCAGCGCUGGCGGAAGUCGCCGUAAUACCCCCCGUGCCCGCCAACUCCAUCGCCCGGGGAGUGUACGGAGACUGGUUCCAUGGACGAGAGUACAACAGGUUUGUCGACAAGACUCGGGAGCGCUACGGCGACGGGUCGGACGAGCUCUUCGUGGCCACCGACGUGGUAAGUCAGCAGCACCGGACCCGGAACGGGGGCGAGGGCGGCAGCGUCUGGGCCGUGGGCGUGAAGGAACUCGGGCAGGGGACCUUCGGAGUCGUGACCCGGCUCGACGUUCUCACCCUGGGCAAGAGCUACGCCGCUAAGGAGUUCAAGGAUGUGAGUAAGCCUUAG